UAACAUACUUGUUCAUUUUCUCUUCUUACUUCUAAAAAACACACCUCUGUUUUUCCAUCAUGGCUUCAUCAUAUUUAUCAAAAUCCAAGAAUAUGAUCAUGCAAAAUUUAAAAUCUAGUAAGUUUCUCAUGUUGGGCAUUAAUAAGCAUACUUCUUUUGCUAGUAAUUCUCCGUUUUCGCGCCAAAUGCUACAUACUAUCUCUUCUAAUUCACCAUUACUUGCUGCUAAAAACUAUGCAAAUUCUUCAAUUGCCUUAACGCGUUCUUUCGAUUUUGUUUAUGGUGGAAGAGGUUCGCAUACUGCUACUAGUAGUGUAAGGCACGAUGAUGAUCAGUUAUCUAGUGAAGGACCUUCAUCCCAACACCUAGAAUUUCCAGGUGGAAAAGUUCAGUUCACUCCAAACCUGACAUUCAUAGCUGGUAGUAAUGAUGAAAGGACCCGUUGUUAUCGAGUGCUUAAUGAAAGUGGCCAACCAAUCAUCGAUAGUAAAUCACUUAAGAUCAGCAAAGAACUUGCGGUCAAGAUGUAUACGGAUAUGGUAACACUUCAAGUUAUGGAUACUAUCUUCUACGAGGCUCAAAGACAAGGAAGAAUAUCUUUCUAUCUGACCACAAUAGGGGAGGAAGCAAUCAAUAUUGCAUCAGCAGCUGCUCUUAACAUGAACGAUUUUAUCUUCCCUCAGUAUAGGGAGCCUGGAGUUCUGUUGUGGAGAGGAUUUACUUUACAAGAGUUUGCAAAUCAGUUGUUUGGAAACAAAUAUGAUUAUGGAAAAGGAAGGCAGAUGCCUAUCCAUUAUGGUUCUAAGAAGCUCAAUUACGUUACAGUGUCAUCAACUGUCGCAACACAGAUAUCUCAGGCAGUCGGUGCUGCAUAUUCCAUGAAGAUUGGAAAACAAGAUUCAUGUGCUAUCACUUAUUUUGGUGAUGGUGGCACUAGUACGGGAGAUUUCCAUGCUGCUUUGAACUUUGCUGCGGUCAUGGAGGCCCCUGUAAUUUUCUUCUGCAGAAACAAUGGAUGGGCCAUUAGUACCCCAAUCAAUGAUCAGCUUAGAAGUGAUGGUAUUGUUGUAAGAGGAAAAGCAUAUGGAAUUCCUAGCAUCCGUGUAGAUGGAAAUGAUGCUCUUGCUGUCUAUUCUGCUGUUUUUGAGGCACGUAAAAUGGCUAUUGAACAACAAACACCAGUUUUGAUCGAGGCCCUCACAUACAGAGCAGGACACCAUUCAACAUCAGACGACUCAACCAAGUACCGUCCAGUUGAGGAAAUAGAAUCAUGGAAAACUGAUCAAAACCCUGUAAAAAGGUUUAGAAAAUGGAUCGAUACUAAAGGCUGGUGGAGCGAUGAGGCUGAAUCAGAACAUCGUAGCAGCAUAAGGAAGCAGUUGUCACAAGCAAUUCAAAAUGCAGAGAGAGUAGAAAAACCUCCGGUUAGGGACAUGUUUACCGACGUAUAUGAUGUUGUACCACAAAAUCUUACUGAACAGGAGGCGUUUCUUAGACAAACCAUCAAAAAACAUGCGCAGGAAUAUCCAUCUGACGUUCCGGUGUAACGAGAUGUCUAUCAUGAACGCGUCUUACUAAUUAUAUUAUAAUCAACUUGUAAUCCAUAUUUACGUAGUCAUUUACUUCUCCAGUUGAAAUCUAUUAGUAACUCGGAUCUUAUGUACACGAUAGUUAGCACUUGUCAACGUUACAUACCAGAAUGUGUGUUUGAAAGAGAAAAUGAAAAAUUAUAGGUUCAUACGAA